AUGCCAUCGAUAUGUGAAAAACCACGUAUACCAUAUAUUCAUACAAACUUCGAUAUUCAGCAAUAUACAACUCAAUAUGAACUUCAAUCAGAAAGAAAGUGUUUGUUUUUCUUAAAUGUGAUCAAUCCGUACAAAGAUGAAUAUGGCACUAAUGAUUCCCUCCAUCAAACAAUUGUUAAUAUAUUAUUAAAACAUUUAAAAAUGACAAUCAAAGAUCAAUAUAAUGCGUGGCCAAUGUAUAAUGUUGCUUGUUCGUCAUUAACAUUGAAAUAUCUUUACACGACAAAUGAAUUAAAUUUUCAAUAUUAUCCUUCCGAUAUUAUUUGUAAAGAGUAUGCUCAUCUACAUGGAAUUUGUUGGUCAACUGUUAAACAAGAUAAAUCACUUUAUGAUAAAAUGAAAGAAUAUUUGAAUAAUUUUCGUCAUGAAAUUAUUGAUUUACUGAAUGAAAAUAAAAUGAUGGUAUUAAUGGAAGAAGAAUUUAAAUGA